AUGCUUCCUAGUUAUCUCUCGGUUCACAAUCAAACCGCCACAGUCCUUCCAUUCUUCCAUUUCUCAGAAAACGGAAGCAGAAACGUAGCAAUGUCGACGAACUCAACCGCACCCGAUACGGCCGACUCAGGCCCCAGCUCUAACCCCCUCUCUAAACCCUCAAUGUAUCUCCAAGAUCCGGAUGAACUGCAGAGAGUCUUUAAACGCUUCGACACCAACGGCGAUGGCAAGAUCUCAAUCAACGAGUUGGACGACGUUCUCAGGACCCUCGGAUCUGGUGUGCCGCCGGAGGAGCUCCAACGCGUCAUGGAUGACCUUGACAUCGAUCAUGACGGAUUCAUUGACUUCAGAGAGUUCUCCCAGUUUUGUCGCUCCGGCACCGAGGACGGUGGUGCCUCCGAGCUUCGCGAUGCCUUUAACCUCUACGAUCAUGAUAAGAAUGGUCUAAUCUCCGCUUCCGAGCUCCACAUGGUGUUGAAUCGAUUGGGAUUAAGGUGCACCGUCGACGAAUGUCGCGUCAUGAUCAAGUCGGUUGACUCCGAUGGCGACGGCAACGUCAACUUCGGGGAGUUCAAAACGAUGAUGACCAACAAACCUAGGAAUGGCUCCUUCCAGUAGAGGAGUCAUUUGCGUUUUCAAUUUACAUUUCCUUCUAGUUUUAGGCACCACAGUUUAUAACCAUCACCCGAUCCAAAAUCUGCAUCUCGGCUGCCGUGGUAGUAUGUUCUCUCUUACCUGACUUCUUUUAAUUUCUAGGUCUUUGUGAUUACUUGGCUUUUAGUUUCGAUUAUGCGAAUAGUUCUAUGAUCGAAUGGCCGAAUGCUGAGCGGAACCUUUGCAUAGACCAAACGAAAACGUCAAUCGGGUGCUUCUUACGUUUCGAUUUGUUAAUCGUGUCAUUUCGGUGAUAAAUGAUUUAGUAUUUGCUUUGUGACUUGUGAUCCCUAUUUAUCCUUCGAAUUUUAUUUUCUCAACAACGAUUAAAGAACUUACAAUUGUUCUUAUUGUGGGAUUUCCCAGCUUUUAAAGACUUUUUUGCCCUGUCCAUUCUUGUUGCCUUUGAGCUGAGAGGGGCAUGAUUCAAAAUUCAAAUGAGGACUUUCUUAUUUUAAGAAUUUUGCAUUCCUGGGAAAGAAUUUGGCAGGUGAGCAGUUGAAGCGGUAUGGAAUGAUUAAAUGAGAGCCUUCUUUCUUAGAAAUGUAUGCAUUUAUUGUGGGAAACUAUCUCACAUGCGGGUCGUUGAAGAGGCGUGGAAAAGUCUUGGUCAACUUGCUUUCUGAAAAGGGGAUGCCAUGUACAUGUGCCCAGCCACCGGCCUGUGCAUUUGCAAAUUCCAAGUUUGCGAUAAUUUAACUAGUUAUAUACUCGUUGUCUUUGGUAUUUCAAGUUUCAGAAUAUCUUUUUCCUUUUAAAGAAAAAAGUUGUUUGAUAUGGCAUGCGUUUUUUCUCUAAAUUUUAAAGCAACAUUUAAAAUUAGUUUUCCUAUUUUGAUUUUGGAAUAAAAUAAUAUUAUAUUAAAGUAUUGGUAGCAAUUUUCAUAAGAAAAUGUAUUGGUAGCAGCAAAUGAGCGACAUAUUUGGUAAAGUAUAUAAUUAUUUUUACAUAUUUAUUAAGAAAAAAUAUCUUAGAAAGGUGUUUACAUAUCUCAAAUUCUUAUUUGAGCCAUUAAAUUUGUAAAACUUCUAACAAGAUGAUAUGACUCAAAAAAUUUUUUUAAAAAUUUUAUAAAAUGAUAUCAGCAUGUUUUAUUUUAUUAAUUAACAUAUUUUAAUUCUAAAUUAACAAUUUUUUUUAUCUCUAUAGCAUAUUUGUGCAAGUCUUUGAUGAAUAAAAUUUGAUGAUAAAACAACCUUAAAAUUUAAUAAGUUUAAGGAAAAAUUGCAAAAAAAAAUCGUUGAAAUAGAAAAAUUAUAAAUAGAAACCUGUUACAACAUUAGUUUAUGUUUUGAUAACAAUAAUAUGGAUUUUGAUAACAAUUUUUGUGAACAGGCUCUUGUAUGCAAUUUUUUACUUUGAGCUGUCUUUUUUUUGUGAUUUUUCCUAAAUUUAAUUAGGCAAUCAAUAGGUUUUAAUUUUAAAUUCAAAAUUUUUUUGUUCCCAUAAAACACUUGUAAUACUAUUCUAAGUAAAAUUUGAUCACAAUAACCUUAAAAAUUAACAUGUUUCAUUACAUAGCCUUAAAAAUUAACAUGUUCCAUUACAUAGUUAAACACGAUUCAAUUUUAAAUUAAGAAAUUUUUGUCUCCAUGACACUUGUAACGAAUCUUUGAAUAAAACUUUAUCAUAAUAUACAAUCUUAAAACAUAACAUGUUUCAUUUCGUAAUUAACACAUUUUAAUUCUAAAGUAACAAUUUUUUUGUCAAGAUGAAACUAUUAGGAUUAAGGAUUAUUAUAAAAGCUAAUUUACUAUUGUUUCUUUGAUCGAUUUUCAAACUUUGUAAUGGUAGAAAUGAAGUUUUUCUCUAUCAGACUUCUUAAGCAAUGCGAGAAUGAUAAAAAAUCCUUAUCUCUCUAGCUUUUUAACAAAAAAAAACAUUAGAGUCAUUUCAUAAAAUUUUAAAAAAUUUUUUGAGUCAUGUGAUAUGAUUAGGGCUUUUACAAAUUCAGUGACUCAAAUAAGGAAUUGGGUUAUUUAAUUAUCUUUUAAAGAAUUUUUCCCAUUUAUUACAUUUCUUAAUAAUGAAACCGGAGCAUAAGAUUUGGAUUGAUUAUAGGGACAAGUAACUGGGGUUCUAUAUCCUUACCCGCGGAGGAUGCUCGGGGGGAUUCGCAAAGACCUUGAAUUUCGUUUACUCUAAUUAAGGAUCGGAAUCAUCGGACGCUAGGACAUACGUCAAAUAUAAGUUGCCUACGGUGAUUUUCAGGUGAAAUUAUAGAAAUGAUAUGGAAUGAUGGGCCCCAUUUUUUGUCCUCCAUUUUUUAUAAUCACGUCUCAUUCUUCGUUUCGCUUAAAGUUACUUUAAAAAAAUUCAUAUGCGGCAUGUAUAGUUACGGGUUGUGAUCAUUAGGUGACAAUAAUAGCAAUGUCGAGCAAAAUUUUUGGUU